CAUAGUCCCAUGGUUAGCCAAAGUAAAGCGUGUCCGCAGAGAAGUCAGUCGUCAUCUGUUCUUUCUGCCUCCGACAGCGUCACGAUACCUGCUCUUCGAUAUAAGUAUGUGAUGAAGCCUACCAGGCUCAGAAAUAGGCUGCACGUUUGACGACGUACGAGCUUGUUUACGACUCAUCACGACCUCUGGAUAACAUUGUCCUUUUUCUUCUCAUUGUCCAAAGACCUGUGUUGAGUUUUUGGUGGUCAAUUUGGCGCGAUGUAUCUUUCAUCCAUCCGAGGGAAGUGGCUCGUUUUCGCCAUCACAGCAUGCUGUUGCCAGGGGUUUCUACUACUUGGCUAUGACCAGGGCGUAAUGUCUGGAAUCAUCGGAGCAGACAACCAGUUUGGACAGGAUUUUGGCCACCCAGAUGCGACACUCCAGGGAACUAUUGUUGCUAUAUAUGACAUUGGUUGUGCAGUGGGAAGUUUGAUCGUCUUUAUCUUUGGAGAGCGCAUAGGUCGAAAACGGAUGAUCAUGUCCGGAGCUACAACGAUGCUCAUCGGGACGGCUAUUCUGACGAGUUCAACGACGAGAGCCCAACUACUGGUCGGAAGAGUCGUUACUGGAAUUGGGAAUGGCUUCAACUCGUCCUCUAUCCCUGUCUACCAAUCCGAAACGUGUGGGGGAGCUAUUCGCGGCGCGCUCGUUUGCCUGAACUCUACCGUUACAAUCAUCGGCCUGGUCAUAGCGUACUGGCUCGACUAUGGGAUGUCGUUCGUCGAAGGACCGGCUCAGUGGCGUUUGCCUAUUGGCUUCCAGGCUUUCUUCGCUCUAUGUUUGUUGCUGCAGGGCAUGGUACUGCCUGAUUCUCCCAGGUGGCUCAUCGCUCACGGGCGCGAGACCGAAGGCCUGCAUGUACUUUCACUUCUUGAAGACAAAGCCAUGGAUGACCCCCAAGUUAUUGAGAAGAAGAAAGAGAUUGAGUUUUCACUGGCCCAGGAAAGCGCUGGAGGCCCUUUCCGUUACAGGGAGCUGCUGCAAGGCGGACCUCUGGGUAACUUCAGGCGAAUAUGCUUGUGCGUUGGCGUGAAUGUGAUGCAACAGUUUACUGGAGCCAACAUGAUCAACUACCUUGCCCCAAUCGUCUACGAGACCACGAUGGGCCUCACCCGAAAUUUGUCCUUGAUCCUCGGCGGCGCAACUGCCUGCACAUAUAUGGUUGCUUCGUUCAUCCCGCUAUGGACGGUUGACCGCUUCGGGCGGCGUCCUCUCCUCAUGAUCUCUGCCUCCGGCCAGGCCCUCUGCUUUGCCAUCGCUGCUAUCCUUCUGUCUACCGGAAGUCAGUCUGCCGCAUUCGGAGCAACCGCCAUGGUAUUCAUAUUCCAGAUCUUCUUGGGGAUCGGAUAUCUACCUAUCCCCUGGUUGUAUCCCGCGGAGAUCACACACACUCGUAUCCGUGCCCGAGGCUCUGCCAUAAGUUCCUUCUUCAACUGGAUGUGUGUUUUCGCUGUGGUUGAAAUGACCCCUCCGGCAAUCGAUAACAUCUCUUGGCGUGUGUUCAUCAUCUUCGCCAUUCUGAACGCCCUGUGGGUGCCGCUCGUCUACGUAUUCUUCCCCGAGACCAAAGGACUAGAGUUGGAGGAUAUCGACCAUAUAUUCGAAAAGGGUGGUAUUACAGGUGGUGUUUGGGAAGCGAGGAAACGCGGAGGUGUAACAGUCGAGAGGAACAGGACCAGGAGGGACUUGGAAGUGCUCGAGAACGAGAAGGAUCAGGGGGCGGUGUACGAGAAGGCUGUCUAGUGAGGGUCAAGCAGACCUACCAUCUGACAUUUUUCAUGUGCUUUUCCUUUCUAUGCAUCAUAUCUAUCCUUUUCGAUGUCAAGCCCUCUAUCUGUUAGUGUUAGGUUAAUAUAAGAAUUAAUU